AUACGUGUGACGGCUGACAGCACGAUGGGUAGUUUUACACCGGCUACCAAGGAAACGACUGUACACAAAUACCUCAACACAGCCACUUUAUCUGGACUACAAACCCACUGUAGCAGCGCUGGGAACUAAACUGGUGGAUAUUAAAGGUUUUAUUCUCUGUUUCUGUAAGGAUGCUGGACGCAAAAUCUGACAUGGAGCGGGUUGGACUCUUCAAGGAGAUGAGCUACAUCUCCAUAGGGGACAAAUUCCAACCCUUCCUUUAUUGUCCAUUUAAUGAAUCUGCUUAUAAGAAUAAGCAGUUGCUGGUCAGCGGUCCUAAAAAGAAAUCUGCCCUCCAAGCUGGCUACUUUGACGCUCACUUUAAGAGAAUUUUUGAGAAUGAGGCACUUACGGAUCUUAUCAAAAUCCAGAGACAGUACAGACUCCAGCAGGCGAAAAAUAACUUAACAAAGGCUUUUGUGCCCAGCAGCGGAGAAAAGAAACCCUCAGGAAUUGGCAGCUGCUAUGGAACAUUUGCAGGUCCUGUUCAGGCUUUGAGUCCCCUGAUGAUUCCCAAGAAGACAUACAAAUCCCCAGGCAAGAAUUUAUACACCAGCCCACCCAAGAAAGGAAGUGGAUAUGGAUUUCCAGGUGUCACCCUUUCCAAGCUAGAUCUGUAUUCUUCUGAGCCCUAUGAUCGAGCAAGAGAGUUGCUAAAGCAUGAAAUUACUGCUCACAAAUCACAAAUGAAAGGGGGACCAUUUCAUCUUAACCUUCAUCCAAAAGAAUGUUUCAAUAACAAUCCCUACAAGGUAGAUAAACCUCCAGCACCCUCAAAGAUGGCUGAGGAAAAAAAGACACACUUUGCUGUGCCCUUUAAACCAAGUUCUCCCAGCAAGAAGACUGGAGGUAUGAAAGCAGGGACAUUUGAUUCCUUCCCAACCCAUUCUGUAGAUUCCUACAACCUGAAGAAGCUGAAGUCUGUGACCACAGAUAAGGAGAAAAAAAUCUUCCACUCGUCAUUUGGCCCAAAGAGCACUCCAGUAAAAAGCAUCAUUUCUGUCAACGUGAACAAGAUGGUGAAUCCUGCAAACUACAAGCAAUUACCUUCUGUAAUGGUAUGAUUGCUGGUAGGUGAUAUAAAAACUGGAGCCAACUGACCAUCCUCUAAGAAA